UUGUACCUGAGAGGAGAGACAAGACCGUCACCUAUGGUCCAAGAGCAGACGGCUCCAGUGUUUCUGCCUUAUGCGGAGAUUGACUCUGCACGGCAGGUCAGAAGUUUCCUGCAUCCUGUUGUUCAACACAUUUGGUUAUUUGUCAUCGUGAAGCUUAAAAGCAUAGAAGUUAGGGAUAAAGAUAAGUGAUUGACUGAAUCUUGAUCACUUUAAUUGGUAGCAGACAACAAACAGCUGCGCUCAGUUCAAAGACCAGAUAUACUUUAUGUAAUUUUAACACAAGUGUGCAGGACUUGUCAUUCAGACCUCUUCCUGGACCCAUUUCUUGGCAAAAACCCUCCAGAAAUCUAGUUCGUGCCUACUGGUACUGGUCAACCAGGUCAGAGGUCAGGACCAGAGGUCGGAGGGGGAACCCUGCUGGAGCCUGUGAGGGAUCAGUGCGUCUCGCUCAAGAGCACUUGAGAAGAGAGCUGCUCGCUGACGGAGGCCCGUAACAAGCAGAAUGGGGAGCUGGCAGCCAUUAAGAUCAUCAAGAUGGAGCCAGAGGAUGAUUUUUCUAUCAUCCAGCAGGAGAUCAUCAUAGUAAAGAGCUGCAAACAUCCCAACAUAGUGGCAUAUUAUGGCAGUUACAUACGAGCUAAUAAACUGUGGAUCUGUAUGGAGUUCUGUGGAGGAGGCUCCCUCCAGGACAUCUACCAUGUGACUGGUCCCCUGUCUGAGCCCCAGAUAGCCUACAUCUGCAGGGAAAUGCUACAGGGCCUGGAUUACCUGCAUGCACAGAAGAAAAUACACAGAGACAUCAAGGGUGCCAAUAUCCUCCUCAAUGAUCAGGGCGAGGUCAAGUUGGCCGACUUUGGGAUCUCAGCUCAGAUCACAGCCACUCUGUCCCGGCGGAUGUCCUUCAUCGGGACGCCAUAUUGGAUGGCGCCAGAGGUGGCAGCCGUGGAGAUAAAAGGUGGCUACAAUGAACUGUGUGACAUCUGGUCUGUGGGCAUCACAGCCAUAGAGCUGGCAGAGCUGCAGCCACCGCUGUUCGACGUCCACCCGCUGCGCGUCCUGUUUCUCAUGUCCAAGAGCGGCUACCAGCCUCCCAAACUGAAGGACAAGUCUAAAUGGUCAUCCACAUUUUAUAACUUUGUCAAGGCCAUGUUGGUGAGGAACCCGAAGAAGAGACCCAGCGCCUCCAAGAUGCUCUCGCACAUGUUUUUGACCCAGCAGUGCCUGAGCCAGGAGCUGACCCUGGACCUGCUGGAGAAGUUCCGCCAUCCUGAGAAACUGAGGACCUGCCUGGUGACAGAGGACGAGGAGAUGGAGGUGGCAGUUCCUGGAUCUUUAAGGAGGAUCCAGUCUAUCAACAAGCACAACCAGGCAGAGAGGACAAACUCUGACAUAAGCUUGGAACAGAUCUACACUCAGAGGCCUGUGAGGAAAGACUCACCAAAUGUAACGUUAAGGCCUUCACUUGGAUCGAGCGGCAGUAGCAAGAGUCCAGCGAGGGAUGAGGACACAGACUCAGAUGAUGACUACGAUGAUGUGGAUAUCCCUACGAUACAAGCCACUAGUUACGUAGCUGAUGAGACCCCACCCCCGCUUCCGCCAAAGCCCAAAGUGCGGACCAGCUCAGAGGAGAGCAUGGCGGGGGAGGACGACUGGUCGAGGAAAUCCGGCUCGCUGUACGCCCCCUCCCUUCUAAGGACCUCCAGUGGGACGCACGUCCGACCUACGCCCCAACCACGGGCCUCGCGACACUCAGACCCUGUGUCCUUAUCUGUCCAGUUUAACGACAAUCCUCCUGAGCUCCCUCCUAAAGGCAUUCGCAGACGGCAACCCCCAUCAAAGGACCUUGCUGAGUGUGUCAACCCCAUCAUAAAGAAACCUCCUGUCUACUUUAAAAAGGUCUUCCAUGGCUGCCCUCUUAAAAUAAACUGUUCCACCACCUGGGAAAACCCAGCCACCAAAGACCAGCAUCUGAUCCUGGGGGCAGAGGAAGGGAUCUACACCCUUAACCUUAACAGCUCAGAGACCACGAUGGAGCUGUUGUAUCCCGGGAAGUGUACCUGGGUCUACACCAUUAAUAAUGUCCUCAUGUCCGUAUCAGGUAAAUCGUUGCAGCUUCACUCCCAUUCACUGAAGGAGUUGUAUGAGCAGGCUCGGAAAGACCAGAGGAUGGUUGCCUUGCCCACUCACAGACUGUUACCUAGGAAAUACGCAGUGACGUGUAAAAUACCUGAUACGAAAGGCUGCAAGACCUGCUCAGUUGCAGGUAGCAUGAAGCGAGGCUGUGUGUUCCUGUGCUGCGCUCUGGAGUCCAGCGUGGUGCUGCUGCAGUGGUACGAGCCCAUGCACAAGUUCAUGCUCAUUAAGCAUUUUGAUUUCCCCCUGCCCAACCCUCUGCGUGUGUUUGAGAUGGUUGUGGCGCCGCAGCAGGAGUACCCGCUGGUGUGCAUCGGUGUGUCUCGGGGGCCCAGCCCCAGCCUGCCAGUCACUGUAGAAUACAUGAACCUCAACUCCAACACAUCCUGGUUCACCAGCUCUGGCCUGGAGAAACCUUGCCCAGACGUAGUGCAAGUAAACCAGUUGGACAGUAGCUCUCUGCUCGUCCUCUUAGAAAGGUCAGUACAUAUAGUUGAUCUGAAGGGGGAGCUGAAGGGCAACAGGCCUCUGACACAUGAGACCACCUUCUCCCAUGAUGUAGAGUCUAUAGUGUAUUUUGAGGGCACGCUGUUGGCAGUGUGGCGUCACGGCUGGCAGAGGAGGGGACAAGGUUUCAUUGAGCUGCUGGAGGAAAGCACUGACCCCAGGAAGAUCUACAGGCUGGUGCAGUCAGACAGGAUGGUCAUUUUGGAGACGCGUCAAACUGAGGACCAGUCGGGGCUGUCCACCCUGUCCGUCCUGGAAAUCGCUGAGAACUACGUCAUGCUGUCCUGACUCCCCUGUGCAGCUGGCACAGGGCGUCAUGGGAUACCCCCGACUCCACUUCUGUGUGAACGCCUCUACCCAGGACUCGCAGCAUUCAACGGGCAGAGAAUGGACAAUUGGGCACCAACAUUUGGGUCUGUCACCAACCGUCCUCAUUAACUUUGACAGGCAUGGAUGUGUCACUGCCACAGUAUUUUAUUUUCUACAGGGAGAGGAAUGUCAGGAGGAUGUGAGGGCAGGAUGUUGCAUACUGACCUGAGCUGAUUGAUGUGUUGUAGCCUUUAUCCCUCAAUCUGGGGGAGUAUGCUCUUAUUUAUGCUAAUUUCUACUUGGUUUGUGAGGAUGCAGAACAAUCUCUAAAAUCCCGACGGCUGAGAAAAUCCUAAAUCAACAGUGAAGGAAGGUCCUCUUCUAACACUAAAGAGGAGUAUCCACUUUCUUUUUCCACAGUAUUGUCGAUCACAGACGCAGCUGCCUGCAGGGACAGAAAAUAAAUGGCUUUUCAAAGAUGCCACACACAAGCAUAAAGGACUGGAGCGUAGCAGCACCGCUGUCGCUUGUUUUGUAACCUGAGUUCGUAUGUCAGUGUUGGAUCGAAGACACGCACUUCUUACUGCCGUUAGCCUACACUGUAAUAAAGUUAAU